CCAGACACAAUUUCCUCACCGUAAAGGGAUUUUGGUUUAAUUUAAUUUUUCCGUGUGACCGGAGCGGACAGACACCUUUCGAGAGAUAAACUGCGAUGGCGCAGAUGGAGAGCAUCCGUUGAAACUUUGCCGCGAUCGCGCUGUCACCCCCUUCCAUCACGCAAAGCCUCGCCCUCGCCCGUCGCGGAAAAUGGCUGCCUUCGGGGCCCGUGUCUCACUGUUGAAUUCCUUCCUGACGGAGAUCGUCGAUAGCAUCAGAACCAAGAAUGGACAACGCAUCACCGACCUCAUUCAACUGGACUUCGACAGCCUGAGCCCCGAGCGGCAAAAGCCCUAUGCCGACCUCAACCAGGAGCUCAAUCGAGCCCAUCCCCCAGAAAGAGACGGAGAACUCGUGGCCAGGUGUAAGCAGACCGUGUCGCAGGAUGAAUUCGGGGCGUUCAGCACUUCAUUCUCAGAAUGCAUCAUCCAGUAUUUUCGCUACCUUCGCGACUUCACGUCCGCGGACAAUCAAGCCAAAGCAACCAAGAUUCGGCAAUUGACAAGCCAGUGUGUAACCGCCUUGGGGGACACCAAGUAUGGGAUCAUCAUGAUACCGAUUGUGCUCUCCUUUUCCCGCACCCUUGCAGCUAUUGCUACCAACCUGGAUCGAAACCCGUCUUUGAUUCGGAAUCCCAGUCUUACCACGGCACAAGACGCCGAAGGCGCUCCGGGCAAGGUGAGCUUCGUGGAAGACGCGGCCAAUGUGCUACGAGAGGCAUUCAUUAAGUGCCUGGCGGGCAGCCCUGGGGUACCGCGAACCUCUCGUCCUUCUCCAGAGGAUAAGCGCAUUGGCAUCUACCUGACGGCAAACUCGUGUCUGAAGCUCCUAUUACAAUGCCGCCGCCUACGCAACGCUCAGCAGAUGCUCUCCAGUAUCGACGUUCAAUCGCCGCCGUUGUCCUACUACCCAGCAGCACAGCGAGUUACGUUCUUGUACUACCUCGGCCGAUUCCAUUUCGCCAACAAUCAUUUCCUACGGGCACAGAAGGUGCUCCAAACGGCAUACGAACAGUGCCAUCGCCAAGCCAUUAAGCAUCGAAGAUUGAUCUUGAUCUACCUGAUAGCAGCCAAUCUUUGUCUUGGCCGAUUUCCUUCUCCAACACUCCUCUCGCGUCCAGAGAGCAGUGACAUAGGACCAAGAUUUACUCCGCUCUGCAAGAUCAUACAGACUGGCGAUCUCGGAUUGUUCAACCAGUACCUGGAUCUGGACAGCGAGUCGGGGCAGUGGUUUCUCAAGCGCUCCAUCCUUUUCCAGCUCCGUAAUCGGUGUGAGAUCCUUGUUUGGAGGACUUUGAUCAGGAAGACUUUCCUCCUUGCCGGCUACAUGGGCGAGGAAAAGAAAAUACCGUUCCUCAGGUUAAGCUAUGUCCAUCACGCAGCUGGAUGGGCAUUGAGCAAGCGGAGAACAAAUUCGAUAGCCAAUGGAUUUGGCUCACACGAGAAGUACGUCGACCCUGAGUUUGCAGACAUGGAUGCAGCGAUCAACGAGACAGGGUUUGAUCCAGAAACGGGGUCGUACAUUGACGAAUAUAUCGGCCAAUACGUACCAUAUGGCAGUGAAAGCGAGGAGUUACCUGCCAUGAACGAAGUGGAAUCUGUGGUUUUGAGUCUGAUCCAGCAAGGUCUGUUGAGGGGCUUUGCUCUGCACACCAAUCCUCGCUUCGCAAUCCCAGGAAGCCAAAAGGCCGGGGGACCUAUGAAGACAGGAUUCCCUGAAGUGUGGAGCGUCACUGCCAGCAAAGAUGGAGGAGAACCAGUUCCUGGUUGGGUCGAAGAAGGAAAUCUGGACGCCGGGGGAGGAGGGAGGGUGGCGAGGAUAUUUGGAGCUAGACCGGCGGGUGCAUGAGUUUGAAGCCGAUGCAGGAUUUAGCGAGAGUUGGCAUAGCACCUUGCGGUGCGCAGCAUGCCUGGGCGCUUUCGUGAGUGUUUCUAGAGGGAGUGGAUUGGCCCACUACGGACCAUCCUCUGUCUUUUCCAAUUGCUGCAAAAAGAGUGAAUAAGUGC